CCAGUGUGAAUCGUUUCUAUUUUCAUGUGGUGGUGGAGGCAAAGAUCAUUAUUGAUCUCGACCUCGUGCAUCCAACAUGUCGCUCCUCGAUGUGUCCCGCGCCUCCGCAUACCCCAUGUCCUCUAGUACCCUCGUAGACUUGACCGAGUCCGUCACCAUGUCGCGCAAGCGUCGUCGACCAGAGAGCAAGAACCUCGAAGAGGUGUCGUACUCGACCAAACUCAAGGGCCUGUUGGCGGAAGCGUGCCUCUCCGACAUGAACAACGUGGUCAUCGAGAAGAACUUGAUUGCCAUUGCCAAGGAAUUGGCCAUCUUGCACAGCUUGGGCCUUCAAACCGAAGCCAAGUGCUUCAAGUUCAUUUCGAUUGCGUUUGCGCGCAUCAGUGUUCUCGUGGUCAAGCAAGCUACCCACAAGGAAUUGACCGUGUCUCCCGCCAGCCUGUGGGAAAGCGCCAAGUGGCAGGUCGCCGAAACCAUCCGCAAUGACUCGAACACGCUGGACGCCGCGGCCAUCGGCGAGUGCUACGCAAAUGCUGUUCGCGACAUCCAACUGCUGUGGAAGGCAACCGUGCUCUCGAAGGAACAGGGCGCGCAGCUGUGGCACGACAACAAGCCAGAUGAAGCCAUUGCGCUCCUCAAAGCGUCGGAAGUGUACAUGCGCCGCUUCAACCUCAAGUGCCAAAAACUCAGCAUGGACCGUGCCUUGAUCGAGUCGCAACUGACCCCAUCCACCAAACGUCCUUGCUCGCACACGAAGAAAGUCAGCUUUGCUGACGUCCCCUCUGUGAUAGUCUUGGCCGACGAAGCGGACGACCGGUCCCCAGUCGUCGCGUCGAAGCCGUCCAAGUUGGACGCGCUGCUGCUGCGCUCAUCGCGCGUAUUCCCCGCGCCCUCUCUUUAAGCACACACCUCAAACCCUAUUUACAAUCGCUGGAAGUUGAAACUAGUAUAAACAAUAUGACCUUAUUUAGUGCCCCAA